GCGCUAACUCAUUCGCCCCACCGCCAGUUACUGCCGUGGAAAACUUGUUAAGAUCGAGAGGUUCUUGUUUAUAGUCUUCCAUGGAGCUAAGAAUGUUUGAUAUCAGCGAGAGUUUGCCUACGUGUAUGUGAGGUUGGGUGAUACGAUUUAUUAAUAUUCUGAAGUGAUGCUUAGGUUGAGCUAAGUAGCAAUUAAGUGACUUAUAAAUACUUCACAAGUGACGUCCAGAUCAAGAGAAGUGACAUAAAUACUUCACAAGUGACGUCCAGAUUAAGCGAAGUGACAUAAAUACUUCACAAGUGAUCCAGAUUAAGUGAAGUGACAUAAAUACUUCACAAGUGACGUCCAGAUCAAGAGAAGUGACAUAAAUACUUCACAAGUGACGUCCAGAUUAAGUGAAGUGACAUAAAUACUUCACAAGUGAUCCAGAUUAAGUGGAGUGACAUAAAUACUUCACAAGUGACGUCUAGAUUAAGUCAUAUGACUUACAAACACUUCAGUAGUGACCUUCAGAAUAGGGAUCAACAAACGAGAAGGAAAAUCAAUUCCACUUUAUAUACGAGGUCUCUUAUAUACGAGUGUUGUGGCGGUCAUGAAGAUAUCACAUCAUCUCGCUGAACUAGACAGCUGUCAAGAUGGUGUGACACACAUACGGUGACGAAUUGUCCCAACAUAUAUGACAUUGUAAAUUGCUACACAAACCAGAUAUAAUGGCGGAUCGCAAACAUCAUAACCUUACCAUUGAAGAUGUGACCUAUUUACUGAGUCAAGUAUCGAAAAUAGUGUGUAAUGACUCCUGCUGCAGGUACAAGGACAAUGACGUCAUUUGUUUCAGCGACUACAACUAUACUGAUAAACAUAACCUGACCUACACCCCGACCUGGGAAAUGACGGUGAGAUGGACCUACGUGACGCUGGUGGUGCUGGUGGCCUUGUUGGGUAACCUGUGCACUAUCAUCAUCCUCCUCAAGAACCGCCUACUGCUCAGGACUUCCGUCAACCACUUCAUCCUCAACAUGUCAGUCGCUGACCUCAUCUUGACUAUCACUGGGCCAAUACCCUUUACCAUACGUGACACCAGUUACUUCUGGCCGCUGGGCAAGGUCUGGUGUCACCUGGAGGGAUACAUACAGAUGUUGGUGUUGCUUGUGAGCGUGACGUCACUAGCCACCAUCAGCUUCGACCGUAUGUUAGGUGUUGUCCGGCCCUUCCACAACCACCUCAAGCUGUGGCAGUCAGUCGCCAUCAUCAUCCUCAUCUGGAUCUCCUCAGCCAUCAUAGCUGUUCCUUGGUGCAUCUACAGGGUUUAUACAAAACACAUAUGGAAGGACAUGACUCAGACCAUCUGUGGGGAGAGUGACAAGAUACACACUUGGUGGAUUGUGGGAGUGAUCGGCUUGACUUGGCUCCCCCUCUCCGUUAUGGUUGUCUGCUAUACUACUAUUAUUAUCUGUUUCCAUCACAGGAAAUUCAAGGUCGCUUCAAGUAAAGAACACCCGGUGAUGACUCACCUCAAGAAACGGGUAGUGAAGAUGAUUUUUAUGGUGGUGAUAAUCUUCGCCAUCUGCUGGACGCCCAUGCAGCUUCUCAAAAUCACCAACAACGAAUUUCUGGACGACAACGGCCAGUUUAAGGACGAGGCAACAGAGCGCACGUAUAACAUUCUCCUGACGGUGGCGCAGUAUAUGGUCUACAUCAACCCCGCCGUCAACCCCAUUGUGUACGCCCUUAUGCACCAGACCUUCAGGAGAGCCUUCAGAGUCACCUUUCCCUGUUUCUACAAGAACGAGUCGUCUCUGGUGUUGACUCCCGGACACGGCAUGAGGCGGUACUUGUGGUCCUACAGAUCCACCACCACCUCCAAUGCUUGCGGCAACGACAUUUCCAAGCUCCCCAGACGGUGGACGAGGAGUGAGCAGGGCGGGACACCAGGGGCAGUACUGUCGUCAUCAGCCGUGGCUGCCUCCAUCGCUCUGGAUUCAGAGGCCAAGAGAUAUAAGAGAGAGUGGUCGACUGAAGGCCCGGAACCCUCUGUCAGUCGUAGGACCAAAUUUAGAUGUAGGUCUCGCUCUGUAGGUUCUGACGGCCCCUCAGAUUCAAAGUGCAAGAUUCCAAAGGGGAGACACUCCUCUGAUGACACCGCGUCCCCUUUGGGCACGAGAAGCAAGAAAAGGAGUCGUUCUUUAGGUUCUGAGAAGUCCUUUGAUACAAUGAUCAAGAUAGAAAAAGAAAGGAAGUCCUCCGAAGGUUUUGAGAGGGGAGAUGGAAGUGAGAGAGCCACAAUGGCCCACUUAUCUUACCCCAAUGAAGGAUUCGUAAGGGACCUGCAGCCCAGGAGGAUGUCCUUCGUCAGUACAGGAACUCUGGGUUACCUGAUCACCCAGGUUAUAGAAGAAGAAACCGCCAGUGAUGUAGAGAACGAGCGUGUGUUGUAAAGAUAAAGUGAAUAGAAAAGUAUAUGCGGUUCAUUAUAUUUAGCAGAGAAAAGUUGAUGUAAACAAUGGGUAACAAUAGGACCUCGGUAUAGAAUAUAGAUUAUACGUCAGUGUUAUUUCUAAUUGUUUGAAAAGAAUCACCUGACGAGAAAUAAAACUUUACUGACCCCAGACACAGACAACCUGGCUUGUGACACUUGUGUGAUUAUAUUAAUUUGCUUCAACAGGUAAAGUCUAUAGUAUAUGUAUGCAGAGUUUAUUCUUACACUAGACAGUAACUACUGAACUAAGGCAAAUGAGUAACAAAACGACUUAAGCUUGGCACUGAACACUUGACUUUUGUUGUGUACAACGAGAGGGGAAAUAUUUGUGAAGUUCACCUUAGAGAAAAGCAUUGACAUAAAAGAAACAAGAGUAAUGAAAAAUAAAAUUUUUAUCAUUAUAAAGAACUUAAACUAUGUGAACAAUAUAUCAACAGUGAAGGUAAAUAGAAUCAUUAAAAUAUAUCUCUAUGGACGCGUUGACUUCACUCAGAUGUACAAAACUAAUGUAAUGAAUUGUGUAUUUAUUACCCAGGUGAACAGCAAAGUUUAUGAUAUGGAGGCAAAUAUCGUAAUGCAAUACUUGUAAUUAAGUUUAGUAAUUGUUUAUAUUCUUCAAGCGUUUAAAUAUUGUAGGUCUAGAAAUGUGGAGAAUAAUAAAUUGAGAUUAAAGAGCCAGGAAAAAUAUCGUGUGUGUGUGUAUGUGAUGUCAAGACUCUUCUAAAUACUGGCACAGAUGAGCAUCCUGAAAGAAGAACCGCCCUUGUGGCAAGAAAGCUGGCUCGGUAUAACAUCGCCAUUAGUCCCGGCUCCCAGACGAGGGUCGACUCACAAAAUGGUGGUCUGGCUAUGCCUUCUUCUGGAAGGGCAAGCUUC